CUAGCUUGAAAAAAAAAGCGGGCAAGAAACUGACCGGUCCAAAAAAUGAAAGAACAAAAAAUUGAGGAGAACAGUCCUACAUACAAUGUUGGACUAGCAAAUUACAUCAAGUCCGAAUUCUCUUUUCAUGUUCCUUUGACGGAAUUCUUAAACCAAGUCAUCCAGCAUUCACCUCAACUUUUUUCUUUCUGCACUACGCAAGAAUUCAAGAAAAAGAUGGAGAUUUUAUCAGAACAACAAGUAAAGGAUCAAUUGCUUUAUAAGCUCUCUUCAAAGAAUGGCUGGUUUGACAUUGUUAUUAAAAUACUGAACACAAAAGAAAUAUGCAGUGAGUUUGUAGCGGAUAAGCUAUUAAAACUUAAAGAGGAGUUUGACCAAAGACUCAAGAAAGGUGAAAUACAGUCCCAACACUACAAUUCAAGUUCAGAUGAUGACAAUAUGCCGACUACAAGUAAAGGCAAAGGUAAAAGGUUGAGCGCCAAUGGGAAUACGGAUAAAGAAACGUUGAGAAAAAAACCAAAAUACAAUAUGCCGACUACAAGUAAAGGCAAAGGUAAAAGGUUGAGCGCCAAUGGGAAUACGGAUAAAGAAACGUUGAGGAAAAAAACAAACAAUAUGCCGACUACAAGUAAAGGCAAAGGUAAAAGGUUGAGCGCCAAUGGGAAUACGGAUAAAGAAACGUCAAGAAAAAACCAAGUGAGUGGCAAGUAUUAA